GAAACAAGGAACAUUAAUGACCAGGAAUAUAAUAUAAUAGAUGAAAAUCACGGCGAGUCCGAGUCCUAUCUAUACGCUGAUGAACCAAUGGCCGAACAAGCAUGGUAUGAAGACUACGUGGAAAAGUCAAAUGAACAUAAAAAGCAACUUGAAAUGCUACAAAAAAGACUUGAUCACACAGUUGAGUUGAGUUCUUGGUGCAAGUGUGGUUUUUGUCAAGUUACACUUCUUCAGAAUCCUCUAGAGGCCUGGUGCUGCCAAGAACUUAAGUCUGUAGCUGAAAGCUUAACACACCAGUCGGUUCUGGCAGAUCUGUCAACUAUUCCAUGUUGUGUCACUCUACACCCAGGUUUCAGACCAGUUUGUUUGGAGAAGUGGUCGCUAAAAAUGGCUGCUAGGAAAUACAAAACCAGAGAACAAAGACGAUACAGAGAAACAGGAUCUGAAAACAUGUUUUUACGAUGUGUUGCAUACAGAGAAUUCACAUCUAUGAUUUAUGGAUGCUUAGGAGAAGAAAGAAGACCAUUACCAGCAUGUGCAUACCAUGCAAUAAGAUCAAAAUUUAAUGAUAAAAAGUUGGAAUUUAGAGGGUACGAAAAAAAUGAAAUAAAUGAGUGAAGUGAAAAUUAAGUUUUCCUAUUUUUUGGGCAAUCUGCCACAUGUUUGUGACCUUUCAUUGGCUUCUUGCAUGUCAAACAUUUUGGCUGACUCUUUUCUUUUGAAACUGCCACUUUUGACUGACAGCUGAAUGGCACACUGGUAGCUGCUGGCAUGAAACAAAAACAUUUUUAUUAUUUAAAAUGAUUUUCAAACCAUG